CUGAUAAGAUCGGUGACUAAAAUUUGGCUUAUUUUACAAGUGUCUCCCCAACAAAACUCUCCAACUGAAGGGCGAGUCCUGUCAUGGAGGUAAAAAUGGUAAUGAAAGACUAACUGUUCUGACGUGUGCAAACCUCGAUGGCUCAGAAAAAAUGAAACUCAUGGUCAUAGGAAAAUUUAAAAAUCCAAGAUGCUUUUAAAAUGUCCAGAGUUUGUCCGUGGAGUAUAGAUGGAAUGAGAAAGCUUGGAUGACAAGCGAACUGUUUUCCGAGUGGGUUAGAAAAAAGACAGAAAAAUCGAGAGAAAAAAACAGAAAAAAUUAUUUUGUUCAUGGAUAACUGUACAGCCCACCCGAAACUUGAACUUUUCCCCACCUAACACAACGUCUGUUCUACAACCCAUGGACCAGGGAUUGAUCUACAACCUAAAGUAUCGGUAUCGCACACGACUGAUUAAACGUUACCUUGACAAUUUAGAAAAGAAACGCGAGACAGAGGUCAAUGUGUUGAUUGCUAUUCACACAGUGUACAGUGCCUGGCAGGAACUUACAAAGGAUUGUAUCCACAACUGUUUUUUUGAAAGCUGGAUUCCCUCCGUCGGGCCCCAUACCGAUGUAGACAUCGGGGACACCUCGGACGACGAGGAUGAUUUACCACUAUCCUGCUUUCUUCAAUGGAACAGUGUUCCGAAAGACCGUGACAUGAGUCUCCAUGAGUAUGUCGCCAUAGACGACAGUGUUACAACCUCCCACGGACUUGAUGACGACGAAAUUAUUGCAUGUGUCGCUAACAAAAAUGGCACAGGUGACAGUUCGGAUGACGAUUCAAUUGACUGUAUCGAACCAGUAAAAACCGAAACGGCCGUCCAAUGUGUUGAAACGUUACGCAGAUAUAUUUGUCAGACAGAAAACACUCCGCAAGAACUAUUCAGCAACUUAUCAGCAUUCGAAGCAUACUUUGAAAAAGUCUCAGUCAAAAAACAAUUCAAAAUUACAGAUUGGUUUGAAAAGAUGUAAGCUUAAGAAAUAAAAUGAGUUAGAAAAAAAAACGAUGUCUAUUUAUGAAAUAAA